AUGAGCUACCCCUACGAGUGUGCGACCGAGGUCCCCGAGACGCAAUACGAGCAGUUCGACCAAGCCAACUUCGCCUUCAUCCAAUGGAAGACCGCCACCGAGACCCCCAAGGGACGUGUGCUGAUUGUCCACGGGUUCUGCGAGCACUGCAAGAUCCAGCACAGACUGAUGGACAACCUGGCCCAGAACGGCUACGAAUCGUUCACCUUCGACCAGCGCGGCGCAGGGCUCACCUCGCCGGGCAAAUUAAGGGGCCGCACCGACGAACACCACACCUUCAAAGAUCUGGACCAUUUCGUCGAGAAGAAUCUGGAACAGUGCCGCGAGAACAACACACCACUGGUGCUGUUCGGCCACUCGAUGGGCGGCGGCAUUGUGCUGCAGUAUGCAGCACACGGCCGCUUCCGCAGCCGCGUCGCCGCCUUCAGCUGCACCGGCCCGCUUAUCUUGCUGCACCCGCACUCGAGACCGAGCAGACUGGUGUCCCUGCUGUCGCCGCUCCUGGCCAAAUGUCUGCCAUCCUUCCAGAUCGACACCGAACUAGACCUCGACGGAAUCACCAGCGACAAACGCUACCAGGACUUCCUGAAACACGACAUCCCCCUGAGCACCCCGUUGAUCGGCACUCUGAGACAAAUCUACGAUUUCCUCAAGCGGGGAGAGGCGCUGUAUGAGAACCGGGGCGGCCACAUCAGCGCCAAUUUCAUCCGGGACCGACCCGUGCUCGUCAUGCACGGAACCGACGACACCAUCAACGACCCUGCGGCUUCCAAACACUUUGUCGAGACAGUUUGUCCAGCGGAGGACAAGACCCUCAAAUUGUACCGGGAGGCCAAACAUUCGAUAUUGUCAUUGGAGACGGACGACGUGUUCCGCACCGUGUUCGAUGACUAUCUGGCCUGGCUAAAUAGAUGUUGUGUAUCGAAGUAA